ACUAAACUAAACAAUUAAAUCUAUGUAAUUGUGACUGUAAAGAUAAAAGAUUGUAACUUAUGUAAUUGUUGAAUAUCAGUCAAACAAAAUAAUAUGUUAACAAAAUAACAUAAUAAUAUUUAAUGCAGUAUGUAGAUGAUAAGUUUUAAAAAUAUAUAUUAUGAAGUCAAAAUCUGUUAUUACCAAUCUAAAGACCAAGGAACCUAAAGAAAAUGAGUUGUUUCAAAUAUUCGUUAUGCUUGUUGGAUCACUUGGGGGAUUAACAUGUGGAAUGUUUGUAGCCUGGCCAUCACCAUUCUUACUGAAAAUAGUAGAAGAUAAAAUAAACUACGAUAUAACCGAACAACAAGCCUCAUUCUUUGCAGUAUUCAGUAUUGUAGGAGUGGUGGUUCUCACACCCUUAUUUAUACCUCUGGUCAAUCGCAUCGGAACAAAAAAAGCCAUCAUCUUGUCAUCAAUACCGUACAUCGCAGUCUGGUUAAUCAAAGCUUAUGUUACUAACUUGUAUGGACUGUAUGGUGCUAGGUUAUUGGUUGGUUGUGCUGAUGCACUAGUAUUAUCUUGUCUUCCUGUAUACAUUGGAGAAAUAGCAACCCCUAAAAUAAGAGGUCUUUGGGGCAAUGCCUUCAUCUGCUCUCUAUUUACUGGUCAGUGUUUAGUCAACAUUCUAGGCGCUUACCUUAGUGUAAAAACUACUUCUUUAAUUUCUGUGUUUAUUCCGGUUUUGCUGCUGGCGAUCUUUCCUUUUAUGCCAAACUCUCCAUAUUUCUGCAUAGCUAAAGGUAGACAUGAAGAAGCAAAACAAAACCUUAGAAGACUUAGACAAAAGACCGACAUUGAAGAAGAGUUUAAAGCUAUUGAAGCAGCAGUUCAACGUCAGCUGUCUGAGUCAGGAUCAUGGAAAGACUUAUUCGCCAUAAGAACAAACAGGAAAGCUCUAUUUGCAGCAUUUUUCUUAAGGAAUUCUCAACUAUGGGGUGGUAUGAUGACGUUUGCUGCAUACACUCAAUUUAUAUUUAUAAAAUCUGGUACUAACGUUGAUCCUAAGAUAUCUGCUAUAAUUUAUACAGCAGUAAGUUGUAUUAGCCAUACGUGUUCCUCCUUAUUGUCAAACAAAUUGGGCAGAAGAAGAGCAUUUAUGUUUUCUACAUUCCUGGCAGCUAUAGUGUUAAGUUUUGAAGCAGCAUUUUUUUUAAUAAGCGAUUAUUAUACAGACGUGAAUCUAGAAUCAAUUCAAUGGUUUCCAUUGGUAGGUUUGGUACUAUACCUACUAUUUUGUUCGUUUGGCUUAGGAACUGUGCCGCCUUUAAUGUUAGGGGAACUUUUUUCAGCGAGUGUCAAGACAAAGGCAGUUGCUAUAGUUACAUCAAGUUUUGGUCUCACUGGUAUUACAGUUAAUAAUAUUUUUUAUUAUCUUUUUACAUACACAGGAUUAUUUGGCCCAUUUCUUCUAUUUGCUGCCUUUAAUUUCCUGGCUUCUUUGGCAUCGUUCUGGAUUGUUCCGGAGACCAAGGGGAAAACUUUAGAAGAAAUACAACAAAUGUUGAAAAAUAAAAAAAAUUAUAAAUAAAAAA